AUGCGUCCAAUGGUUGCAGACAUCAUAAAAAAUAAACACCAAUUAAAAGAACAAAUUCAAAAAAUGUCUGAACAAUGUUAUAAAAAUAAUUCAUCAUAUAUAAAAGAAUUACAAGAAACAAAUCAAUGUUUGAAUGCUCAUGUCGAACAAUUGAAUGAAGCUCUAUAUCAUGAAAAAAUAAGAUUAAAAGAUUUACAAACAGAAUUUCAACAGUUGAAAGCAUCGAUUCUAGAAGAUAGAGCUCAAAUUAAUCAAUUACAAAAUGAACUUCAAUAUGAAAGAGAAGAUCUAACACGUAUUGAUGAAUGUUGCAAUAAACAAGAAAUACAAAUUAAUCAAUUAGCUGAUAAAAUUAACACCAAAGGAGUUCUAUCUACAUAUGAAAAUCCUCAACUUGAACACUGUUUAUCAAAAUCUCAGCCACAUACUGCCAUUGAUUUAUCUGAACAACAAUUAUUUGAUCGUGAUAUUGAAACUGUAAUUAAACAAGCCGUAAUCGAGAAAGAAUGUACAAGACUGGAUUUAGGUUAUAAUGCAAUAACAGCCAAAGGUGCAGCAAUAAUAGCUGAAAGUUUGAAAUAUAAUACAACAUUAGAAGAAUUAGAUUUUCAUAAUAAUCAUGUGUCCGAUCUUGGUGUGCACUCACUAGCUGAAAUUCUAUCAUCGAAUAAUUCAAUAUUAAGGGCUCUUGGUCUUGGAUCAAAUGGCAUCACAGAUAAUGGUGCUGAACAUUUGGCUGAAAUGUUAAAAACAAAUCAAACAAUAACAUGGUUAGCUUUGGCUGGGAAUCAAAUAAGUGAUCGCGGUGUUAAAUUAUUAGCAAAUACACUUGCAUAUCAAAAUACAAGUUUACUUGUGCUAUCACUUCAUGUUAAUAAAUCAAUUAGUGAUGCAAGUGUAGAUACAAUUAUUGACAUGUUACAACGCAAUAAAUCAUUAAAAAAACUUUGGAUACAAGAUUGUAAUAUAUCUGACGAUGGAAAACGAAGACUUCGAGAAGCUGCUAAAAUAAAACAAGGUUCUCUAUUAUACAUGUAA